GUUUCUCGAACCUGUCGAGCGACCCCGCUUCCAUGAACAGGAACUGUCGUCGUCAAGUCUGGUCAAGUCUCAAUUGCGUAUGCUCCUCAAAGACACGGUAAUUCUUCAUUAUUCGUACACACUUGUAUGUAAUACGUGACGGAGAGUGCAUGUUCUUAAUUGGAUUCUCCGACAAGUUUGACAGAUGACCGACUGUCAACGUCCAACAAGUUUAACAAAGUGAGGACUGAGGAAAAUAAGCCGACAUGGAGGCAGUGCCGAGAUUGCCGAUGAUAUGGUUCCAACUAAAAGUCAGUCCAGAGCCGACUACUUUUGGUCCGAAGCUCAAACAGUACAUACAAGAUUUUUACAAUGAAGAACCUGAGUCGUAUAACAGUGAAAUACAGCAGUUGGAAAAUUUACGCUCGAUGGCAGUUAGAGCACCACUCGACAUGGCUGGAUGUACGCUGUUAAAGAAAUAUUAUUGCCAGUUGCAUUUUCUCCAAAGCAGAUUUCCCAUGUACAAAGACGGUCCUGCUGCGGUUACAUUUACAUGGAGAGACGCUUAUGCAAACUUGGUGUGUUCAUUGGGAAGCAUUCGUUUUGAGAUUAUAUCGAUUUUAUACAAUAUUGGAGCAAUGCACACCCAGUUGGGCGCACGGGCGGAAAGAAACAGUGCGGACGGAAUGAAAAUGGCAUGUACUCAUUUCCAAUGUGCAGCAUGGGCGUUCGAGCACCUGAAAAAUAGUUUUCCUCAACCGUCUGGUAUUGAUCUAUCACCAGAAUUAAUGACAUUUAUGCAUCAGCUUUCCUUAGCACAAGCUCAAGAGUGUAUAUUGGAAAAGAGUAUGUUGGAUAAUCGUAAGCCAACAAUUGUAGCAAAAGUUGCAAAACAAAUAGUAGAUUACUUUACUAUGGCCCUAACCACGUUGGAGCAAGGCGGAGGUGAAGAUGGAACUAUAUCUGAUACCGUGGGUAGUAAAAUCUAUAAGAGCUGGAAACGCUAUGUCAAAUUUAAAAAAGCGUACCACAUGGCUGUUACGUAUCUUUAUCAAGGCCUUGCUGCGGAGGAACAAAGAAAAAUGGGAGAGCGAGUAGCUUUUUAUAAUGCUGCGUUAGCAUCUCUUAACGAGGCACAUAUGAUUUACGAUUCUGCAAACGUUAAAGAAGAAAAAGCCGCAGUGGAAGAAUCGCUCACAUUUACCAAUGAUGUAAUCGAAGGCAAGAGAAAAGCCGCUAAAAAUGAGAACGAUUUUAUUUAUCACGAAGAAGUGCCUGAAAAAGAAAGCCUUCCUACAGUAAGAGGCGCGUCUUUAGUUAAAGGAAUAUCGUUUAACAUAAAUGACCCAGAGGUAUCAGGACAAGAUAUAUUUGCAAGAUUUGUUCCUAUGAAAGUACACGAAGCUAAUUCUCUUUAUUCGGAAGAAAAAGCCAAAAUAUUACGUUUUAUCGGAGCAAAGAUUGAUGAAAAAGAUCAAUAUCUUAAUACUUAUCUUACUUCAUUGAAGCUAGAACAUAUGAAUUUCUGGGAUUCUGAUACACAAGCUUCGGAGUGGGAAUGCUUACCUCUCCCGGAAGAAUUACUCGAACGAUGUGCUGCACUUAAUGCAAAACAACAUGUUAUUCAAGAUUUAGUAGAUAUUAUGGGAAAAUUAUCUGAAACAAGCCAAGAUGUAGAAAAAGUAUUAAAAGAAAUAUCAAAAUUUUUAUUGGAAGAGGAACAAAAGUAUGAACAAAUGUAUAAACCAAUCAUAUUAAAAAAUCUUACAACUGUAAAACUGCUUUUCCUGCCGAAUGCAACUAUUGACUAUUUAAUUACAGUUAGAAAAUAAAUUUUAUUAAAAGCUUCUGAGAGUAAUCAAGCCCUUCAUAAAGCGGUAACAAUGCAUGUAAAAAAUUUAAAAAUUCUCGCGCAGCCAUUAGCUGAUUUAAUGGCCCAAAUUCCUUCACCAAAUGUUUGCCUUGCAGAUCAAGGUUCCGAAAAAUCGCAAGCUAAAGAAAUAGAGAAAAUGCAGACUAAAGAGUUGAAACGUGUUUUAAGUAAAGUAGACGAAAUGCGAAUGCAGAGACUUGAUUUGCUUACUAAAUUACGAGAUCAAAUUGUUCAAGAUGAUUUAACGCGCUUACUGGUCACGGCUACGUCUGAAUCUGUCUCUCUGGAUCGUUUAUUUGCGGACCAACUUAACAAGCAUCAAAGCUUGGUAAGCUUGAUAGAACAAAAUCUUGCUGCACAAGAUAAUAUAUUAGCAGCUUUAACGGACGCGUAUGCACAGACUGCUAAUGUACGUAAAAGUGUGGAGGAAGUAUUGAAACGGAGAGAAAUGACCAUAUCUUCUUUAAUCAAUUCUUAUGACGCGUAUGAGGAUUUGUUAGCGAAAUCGAGCAAAGGCUUAGAAUUUUAUAGGAAAUUAGAAAUAAAUGUUUCAAAGCUGUUACAGCGAGUUAAAAGUACAUGCAAAGUGCAAGAAGAAGAACGAGAGCAAAUACUUGCACAGGACAAUAAGAAUACGUACGAGAAAGUUGACGCAACAAUACCAUCGACUUACGAUCAAGCACGUCCUCGAUCAGGUAAUGGCCUGAAGCUGAAGGAUUACUUGAACAGCAGAGCGGAAGGCGGCACCGGUUAUCAAAAUCCAUAUUAUAAUUUAUACAAAGGGCAUGUUGCAUCGAUGCAAAUGGAUUCGAAAUCAUUGACAACUGACAUGGGAAAUAAAAAUGUAAUUCAAUCUCCAAGUACAAUACCCGUAUCGGAAAUUCCGUCCUCGGCUGUGAAGUCAUCACAACAUUAUUAUCCUGCAACGUACGCUGAUUAUAGAGCAAGCUCUCCAUAUCCGUAUGGUACACAGACUUAUUAUGAAAAUCCGGUUGCUAAUAGCAUCUUAAGUCAGAAUUACUUGCCGACUGCUACGAACACUACGAAUGUGUAUCAACAACCAACUCUAUCCACGUCAACUGCAGGCGCAUCUAAUUCGAGUGUACAAUAUCCUGCUAGUUCCUAUCUACCUAAUGGACAAACUCUACCUGCAGCCACCAGCCAAGACAAAUUCCACGACGUCUCUUCUAAUUACAAUGUUUCCAAUACUUUGCAGUAUGACGCUUAUCAAUCGCCAACGGGAUAUAACAGCUAUAACAUUGCAACACCGUACGUUCCCAAUCAAGAGAAAGUUACAGUUAAGAACGGAACGGCUGAGACGUCCACGCAUAUUCAACCAGUACCGCAAAUGCCUGUCUCUACUAUCGGAGAUGCAGUAGCGAGCAGCACCAUGUCGAUGAUCGAUGGUCAAGGGCAAGCUUCUUACAACAUUGUGCAACAAACUCAGCUAUAUAAUAAUCAACAAAAGACAACUUUAAAUCAAGAAAUGUUUCACAGCCCAAACGCUGUUAGAUCUCAAGAAACGAUGCUAGCAAAGGACAAUACAUUGACGCAGAAUUAUUCACUCCCUCAGACUGCUCACUCCGAAAUCACGUAUUCGCAAAACUAUCAAAAUACUACGUAUUACAAUCCAACGGAACUGCAAGCUCAGCAUGUCCCAUAUACUCAAAGUACAUACGACACAGCUGUCGUUCCUCCAACGCAAUAUAUGCAAUCGCCGCAACCGAGUACGAGCAAUCAAUCUGUACAUUCUGUACCAUCAACAAAUGAAGCCUCAGGAUCAUAUUCUCCGAGUUUACACGGUGUUAAUCCUGUCCAGUAUUCGCAACAGACCGGUACAGAGCCGAGUAAGCAGAAUUACACGAAUAAGACGUAUGCCGCAUAUGGCACACAAGUGCAAAUGAACACUGUGGCUUCAAAUUAUCCAAAUACUUAUCAGAAUUAUCAGCAUGGUACCACUGGUGCGCCAUACGAACAGACCAGCAUGCUACCUGGGGACGCGUCCAGCACGUAUGCCUACAUAAAUAGCUCGAGUAGCUCGGAAAUAAUACAGAGCCAUGCAAAACCGACGACGGUGCAAAGUUACUCACAAUCGUAUCAAUAUUCGCAGCAAGUUCCUUAUUCGGGAUAUGUGCAGUAUCCAAAUUAUUCGCAAGAUCAAAAUUAUGCCUACAUGCAAAACGCACAUGGAGGCAAUACAAUGGCAUAUACGUAUAAUCCUGCUAAUCAGGCGCAGGGCUAUACUUAUGCAUCUAAUCCUCAAGGUACACAGACUUCUCAGACAUUGGAGGCGACGGUUUCAGUAACAUCCUCUGAUGUUACGGCUAGUGGCAUUUAUCAGCAGCAAGAGAUAAAUGCAAGAUACACGAACGCGGGCAAUAAUGCUGUGGUUAGUCAAACACUAUCCUCGCAAUACAGUCAAGUUUAUCAAUCUCAAACAGGAAACGAUACGUAUUAUACCACGCCUUAUGGUCUUCAAAUGCAGGGUCAAGCUGGUUCAGUAACAAGACCUGAAAAUUACACUAAUUAUAAUCAGACGUACAUGCAAGCCGUCAACAAUGGAACGAACACAACAACAAGUGCUAAUCCGAUGAAGCUCACUACCAAAUCCGAGGAACCGAAAUCGAACGUCGAUCUUCUUUCUGACCUCGACAUUACUAUAAAUCAUGCACCUCUUGUGCCAGAAGUACGACCUCUUUCUACAGUACAGAAAAAAGAGGAAGCAAUAACAGCUGACACCACGGAAGAUGAUAAGACAGAAAAAAGCGAGCAAGGUAAAUCUUAUAAAACUGAACAAGAAGUUACAAUUCCCACUGAAGACAAAAAUGAUCACGAGAACUUACAAAUUGUAUGGGAUACGUGGUACAAUGAUGUUCAACCGAAAAAAGAUCCGCUAGGAGAACCAGCAGCAUUACAAAAGUUCAUUAAUGACGUUGAAAAAUAUGAAAAAUUUGUAGAUAGUUUACUCGUAAAAACUUUAAGUGGAGCAACAAAUCUUGAUAUCAAAUGGAAAGAAGUUCAGGAUUUCGAAGAACGAGAAAAUGGAAAACAAUCAAGCACUGUAGCGUUAGCUCACUCGUCUGAAAAUCGAACAAUUGAUUGUAUUCCAUAUGAUACGACACGAGUGCAAAUAUCGUCAUCGGAUGUUUCAUUAUACAUAAAUGCAUCUCACAUUAUGGAAAUCACGCAGUGGAUACCUACAGCAUUUAUUAUAACUCAAACACCUUUAAUAAAUAAAUUAGACGUUUUUUGGACGAUGGUCUGGGAACAAGAGAGUGAAGUUAUUGCAUGCUUAGCAUCUGAUGCUCAGUUGAAUGGAGAAUUAUAUUGGCCCAUAAGUGAAGAGGACAACUUAGAUGUAGGAAAUUUUACUGUUUCACUAAAAAAGAUAGUUAAUCAUACAACUUAUAUUCAAAGAACUCUUUCUAUUCAACAUAAUAAAAAGAAAUUUGAGAGAGUUAUUGUACACAUGCAAUUUCUUGUGUGGCCUUCAAAUGGUUUUCCCAGUAGUCCCGGUGCUAUACUUGCAUUUUCAAGCGAUGUAAUGACAGAGCAGGCAUUAAGACGUUGUUCUCCUAAGCCGGUAAUUGUACAUUGUUUAGAUGGCGGUUCGUUGAGCAGUCUAUUUUUAGUGGCCGCUGCGACUGUAUGUCACAUACGAGCUGAUUGUGGAAUCGUAGAUGUACCAUUGGUUUUUAAAGGCCUUGCGAAAUGUCGCAAACAAGUCGUAAAUAAGGAAUCAUUAUUAUUUGCAUACAGACUCGUAUUGUACCACGCUCAGGACAUCUUAAUGAAACGCGGUAUUUUAUCUUCUACUCGAGCCACAUUUGACAAUUUGGAUGGAUUCAAAGGGAACAAGGAAAAAACAUCGCGAAAAUUACAAUGCCAUCCUUCGGAUGAUUUUCUUCAUAAUCUCGGGGUAGGAAUGCAACGUCCUGAUUCUGAACAAUCAGGGAAAACACAAACAAUUUUAACAAGCGAUAGCACGUCGAGUAAAAGUUCAGCGUCACAAGAAAAAUCUAAUGGCAGAGUCAUUGAUCCCUUGAGUCAAUUGGAUCCUUUGUGGUCCAUCAGAAGAUAAUUACACAACGCUAGGAAUGUAAAUUCCACAAUGCAGCUUUAAACGAUUAUUUAAACGAAAUAGGCAUUCCUAUCUUUGUUAAAGUGAUUGAAAAUAUUGAGCUAGAAUUUUUAAAAUAGCUUGUAUAAAUAAUGUUAUAAUAUAUAUGGAAGAGUAACACAAUGCAUCUAAAUUAGCCUUGAAAUAAAAGACAUUUAUUCAAGUAUUUGUGUGCUAAUCCUUUUAACAGUUUUACUGUCUGUUAAAUAUAUAGAAUAAAAAAUAUAAAACAUAUGCCUUCUAUUUGUUCAUUUUUCAUGUUUAUACAUUUCAAUUGGCCUAAAUAAUGCAAUCUAAUUGCAUUACUUCGUUUAUACUCGCUAUAUUUAGGCUGUAAUGUAUAAUUAAGUAAGUAAAUAUAACAUAACUUGUAUUUCUUUAGCGUUGUAAUAUAAUUGAUUUAAUAUUCUUGACUGUACUUGUGUGUUUCCAUAAGAAAUAAUUAUAUAAACUUUAUGACAUAUUCGUUUCCAACGUAAUUCAUUCACAGAUAACGAAGAUACUUUAAACCAGUGAUGCACAAUCUGCGGCACACCGGAAAUAAAAAAAAUAUAAAAAUCAUAUUUUAUACAAACAAAAUAAAUAUUAUACCCAUAAUA